AUGCUAAACAUCGUAAGCACCUGUGGGCGCUGGCUUUGGUAUCAACCGCACGAAGACUCUGCGUCAGUGCUGCUGACGAAGCGGGGUCGUUUCAUCCGUUGGGGCCGUGGCCAGGGGGUGCGGCCAGGGGCGGUGCGAGCCUACCUGGGCAAAGUUCUUGUCAUCACGUUUUGGACCUCGGUUCUCCGGGUUGAAGCAUCGAUGAUCUCGCUUGGAUUGCUGCUGAUCUUCAGCAUGCUGGUGCUGAUUCUACUUCUUAGCUAUGCCUGGGCACAGCGCCCUCGAAGGGACUGCGGAACGACCGUCCGGCAACACUUUAAAGUCAAGGAGCUUUGCGUUAGCAUCUACACUCGCGUUGACGAGGGGAGAAGAAUGGGACAAAUCUGUGCUCGACGGCAGCCUGGGCACUUGCAACUCUGCUUUAGCCGUUUCUACCCAAAGCCGGAGAUAUUGACCGAACGGCUCCCACCUGGUGCUCCCGGCUGCAGUGGGGUGCAACCUGUUCCAGAACUGCCAGCGGCGCUCGCUGGCGAGACUCGUCAGGUGCAGAAAAACAACAUCGAGCAGGAAGGUGGUGUCAAGAACGCCUUCUUGGCCCGCCUUGCAGUGGUGCUGGUGGUGCUUUCGCUCAUCGGUGCGAUAUGUGAUUACACGUCUUUCUUGGACAAAGUCCUCAAGAAGGUUCACGGUUGCGGCUCUCUUGGUCUCUUGGGCAAAGUCAGACAUCUGGCGGGUGCGUUUCCACCUGCUGACUACACCAAAGGUCCCAUUGACCAUUAA